AACCUUACCCCUUCAGAACAGCCAGGAGCUGUGAAGGCCUAGAGGGAGGAGCCCUGCUGACCAGAAGGCCCAGAAAGGGACCAAGACUCGACAUUCAUCAGAGCAGAUGUCACAGGCUCAGCAGACACACCCACCGUAUCCGGGAUGACCGCUUCUUCGUCCGCCACGGACCCAUCUGGAUCUCCAGACAUGGCCCCCACCACAGCCGAAACCACAGUUUUCUCAGCAGGGACCACAGACACGGCAACCUCCUCAGCGUGGACGACCACCUUCUCGUCCACCGCAACGGAGACCUUGAGCCCUACAACUACAUCUGCUGGGACCACGGAUGCGGCAUCCACCGCAUCCGGUACGACCGCUUCUUCCUCCACCACGGCCCCGACCGGACCUCCGGACAUGGCCUCCACCACAGCUGAUACCACAGUUUCCUCAGCGGGGCCCACAGACACAGCAACCUCCACAGUGCGGACGACCACCUUCUCGUCCACUGCAAUGGAGACACCAAAUGAUACGGCAUCCACUGCAUCUGGGAUGACCACUUCUUCGUCUACCACGGCCCCAACUGGAUCUCCAGACACGGCCUCCACCACAGCCGCUACCACAGCUUCCUCAGCCACCACAGUGGGGACCACAGACACGGAAACCUCCUCAGCGUGGACGACCACCUUCUCAUCCACCUCAAUGGAGACCUUGAGCUCUGCAACCACAUCGGCUGGGACUACAGACACGACAUCCACCACAUCUGGGAUGACUGCUUCCUCAUCCACCGCGGCCCCGACCAGAUCUCCAGACACGGCCUCCACCACAGCCGGUACCACAGCUUCCUCAGACACCACAGUGGGGACCACAGACACGGCAACCUCCUCAGCAUGGACGACCACCUUCUCAUCCACUGCAACAGAGACCUUGAGAACUACAACCAUUUCAACUGGGACUAUGGAUACGGCAUCCACCGCAUCCGGGAUGACCACUUCUUCAUCCACCACGGCCCCGACUGAAUCUCCAAACACAGCCUCCACCACAGCCGACACCACAGCUUCCUCAGCCACCACAGUGGGGACCACAGACACGGCAACCUCCUCAGCGUGGACGACCACCUUCUCAUCCACUGCAACAGAGACCUUGAGAACUACAACCAUUUCAACUGGGACUAUGGAUACGGCAUCCACCGCAUCCGGGAUGACCACUUCUUCAUCCACCACGGCCCCGACUGAAUCUCCAAACCCAGCCUCCACCACAGCCGACACCACAGCUUCCUCAGCCACCACAGUGGGGACCACAGACACGGCAACCUCCUCAGCGUGGACGACCACCUUCUCAUCCACCCCAACGGAGACCUUGAGCUCUGCAACCACAUCGGCUGGGACUACAGACACGGCAUCCACCACAUCUGGGAUGACCGCUUCCUCGUCCACCACGGCCCCGACCGGAUCUCCAGACACGGCCUCCACUACAGCUGAUACCACAGCUUCCUCAGCCACCACACCGGGAGCCACAGACACAGCAACCUACUCAGCAUUGACGACUACCCUCUUGUCUACUGCAACGGAGACCCUGCCCGACAUGGCAACCACCACAACUGGGAUGACAGCUUCUUUGUCCACCACGGCCCCGACCAGAUCUCCAGAAACGGCCUCCACCACAGCCGAUACCACAGUUUCCUUAGUCACCACACCGGGGUCCACAGACACGGCAACCUCUUCAGCUUGGACGACCACCUUCUCGUCCACUGCAACGGAAACCUUGAGCUCUGCAACCACGUCGGCUGGGACCAUGGACACAGCAUCCACCGCAUCUGAGAUGACCACUUCUUUGUCCACCACGGCCCCGACUGGAUCUCCAGGCACGGCCUCCACCACAGCUGAUACCACAGCUUCCUCAGCCACCGCACCAGGGACCACAGACACAGCAACCUCCUCAAUGUGGAUGACCACCUUCUUGUCCACUGCAACGGAGACCCUGACCAACACAGCAUCCACUAUAUCCGGGAUGACCUCUUCUUCGUCCACCAUGGCCCCAACUGGAUCUCCAGACACGGCCUCCACCACAGCCGAUACCACAGCUUCCUCAGUCACCACAGUGGGGACCACAGAUACGACAACCUCUUCAGCUUGGACGACCACCUUCUCGUCCACUGCAACGGAAACCUUGAGCUCUGCAACCACGUUGGCUGGGACCACGGACACGGCAUCCACCACAUCUGGGAUGACCGCUUCUUCGUCCACCAUGGCCCCGACUGGAUCUCCAGACCCGGCCUCCACCACAGCUUCCUCAGCCACCACACCGGAGGCCACAGGCACAGCAACCUCCUCAGCUUGGACGACCACCCUCUCGUCCACUGCAACGGAGACCUUGACCGACACGGCAUCCACUGUAUCCGGGAUGACCGCUUCUUCGUCCACCACAGCACCGACCGGAUCUCCAGACACGGCCUCCACCACAGCUGAUACCACAGCUUCCUCAGCCACCGCACCAGGGACCACAGACACAGCAACCUCCUCAAUGUGGAUGACCACCUUCUUGUCCACUGCAACGGAGACCCUGACCAACACAGCAUCCACUAUAUCCGGGAUGACCUCUUCUUCGUCCACCAUGGCCCCAACUGGAUCUCCAGACACGGCCUCCACCACAGCCGAUACCACAGCUUCCUCAGUCACCACAGUGGGGACCACUGACACGGCAACCUCUUCAGCUUGGACGACCACCUUCUCUUCCACUGCAACAGAAAACGUGAGCUCUGCAAUCACGUCGGCUGGGACCAUGGACACGGCAUCCACCGCAUCUGAGAUGACCGCUUCUUCAUCCACCAUGGCCCCGACUGGAUCUCCAGACACGGCCUCCACUACAGCUGAUACCACAGCUUCCUCAGCCACCACACUGGAGGCCACAGACACAGCAACUUCCUCAGCUUGGACAACCACCUUCUCGUCCACCGCAACGGAGACCUUGAGAACUACAACCAUUUCAACUGGGACCACGGACCUGGCAUCCACCGCAACUGGGAUGACCGCUUCUUCGUCCACCACGGCCCCGACUGGAUCUCCAGACCCGGUCUCCACCACAGCUGAUACCACAGCUUCCUCAGCCACCACCCCGGAGGCCACAGGCACAGCUACCUCCUCAGCUUGGACAACCACUCUCUCGUCCACUGCAACGGAGACCCUGACCGACACGGCAUCCACCGCAUCUGGGAUGACCACUUCUUCGUCUACCAUGGCCCCAACCGGAUCUCCAGACACGGCCUCCACCACAGCCGAUACCACAGUUUCCUCAGUCACCACAGUGGGGACUACAGACACGGCAACUUCCUCAGCUUGGACAACCACCUUCUCGUCCACUGCAACGGAGACCUUGAGCUCUGCAACCACAUUGGCUGGGACCACGGACACGGCAUCCACUGCAUCUGAGAUGACCGCUUCUUCGUCCACCAUGGCCCCUACUGGAUCUCCAGACACGGCCUCCAUCACAGCCAAUUCCACAGCUUCCUCAGCUACCACACCAGGGACCACAGACACGGCAACCUCCUCAACGUGGAUGACCACCUUCUCGUCCACUGCAACGGAGACCCUGACCAACCCGGCCUCCACUAUAUCUGGGAUGACCACUUCUUCAUCCACCACGGCCCCGACUGGAUCUCCAGACACGACCUCCACCACAGCUGAUACCACAGUUUCUUCAGUCACCACAGUGGGGACCACAGACACGGCAACCUCUUCAGCUUGGACGACCACCUUCUCAUCCACUGCAACGGAGACCUUGAGCUCUGCAACCACGUUGGCUGGGACCAUGGACACAGCAUCCACCACAUCUGGGAUGACCGCUUCUUCGUCCACCAUAGCCCCGACUGGAUCGCAAGACACGGCCUCCACCGCAGCUGAUACCACAGCUUCCUCAGCCACUACACCGGAGGCCACAGACACAGCGACCUCCUCAGCUUGGACGACCACCCUCUCGUCCACUGCAACGGAGACCCUGACCGACACGGCCUCCACUAUAUCCGGGAUGACCGCUUCUUCGUCCACCACGGCCCCUACCGAAUCUCCAGACACGGCCUCCACCACAGCCGAUACCACAGCUUCCUCAGCUACCGCACCGGGGACCACAGGCACGGCAACCUCCUCAACGUGGAUGACCACCUUCUCGUCCACUGCAACGGAGACCCUGACCAACGCGGCAUCCACUAUAUCCGGGAUGACCGCUUCUUCCUCCACCAUGGCCCCGACUGGAUCUCCAAACACGGCCUCCACCACAGCCGAUACCACAGCUUCCUCAGCUACCGCACCGGGGACCACAGACAUGGCCACCUCCUCAACGUGGAUGACCACCUUCUCGUCCACUGCAACGGAGACCCUGACCGACACGGCAUCCACCAUAUCUGGGAUGACCACUUCUUCGUCCCCCACGGCCCCGACUGGAUCUCCAGACACGACCUCCACCAUAGCCUUGACCACAGCUUCCUCAUUCACCACAGCGGGGACCACAGACAUGGCAACCUCUUCAGCUUGGUCGACCACCUUCCCGUCCACCUCAACGGAGACCUUGAGCUCUUCAACCAUGUCAGCUGGGACCACAGACACAGCAUCGACCGCAUCUGGGAUGACCUCUUCUUCCUCCACCACGGCCCCAUCUGGAUCUCCAGACACGGCCUCCACGACAGGCUUGACCACAGCUUCCUUAGCCACCACACCAGGGCCCUCAGACACAUCAACCUCCUCAGCGUGGACGCCCACCUUCUCGUCCACCUCAACGGAGACCCUGACCGACACUGCAUCCACCACAUCUGUGGCAACCGAUUCUUCUUCGGUCACGACCUCUGCUUUCGUCUCUUCAACUACUGUUCAAAGCACUUCCACACCCAUUGUGACAGCAGGUCCCUGCCAAAAUGGAGGAAUCUGGAAUGGGACCAGCUGUUCCUGCCUCAGUGGCUCUUUUGGCUCCAACUGCCAGAAUCUGCAGGACAUCAUCUUCUUAGAGCCCCCGGUGAAUGUCAACGUCACGGUGCUGCUGUCCGUCAAGGUGACCAACCAUAAUUUCUCCAAGAACAUGGAGAACCCUUCCUCAGAGGAUUAUCGGAAUUUCACCGCCUUGUUCCAUGCGCAGAUGGACAAGAUUUAUGAGAACAUCACUGAGUAUCGAGGAGUACAAAUUAACAAACUAACAAAUGGCAGUAUCGUGGUGGACUAUGACGUCAUCGUGGAGAUCGGGUACUCACCCAGAUACGAGGAGAUGUUCCAAAAUCUCACCAAAGAAAUAGAGAUCAGGAUCAAGGAUGCCACAGCCGUCAACCAGACGGACUGCUCAGUCCUGAACCUGUGUUACAAUGAAUCGGACACCAGGCUGAUCCAAAUAUCUUCAACCUUUAAUCCCCAAGAGCAGUGUAACAAUAAGACGAUCCCUGCGUUCUCCAAAUUCUACCGCGUUGUGGAGGUGGGCGGGAAGCUGAUCUGCGUCAACAACUGCACCCAUGGCGUGCAGGGCUCCGUGAACUGCAACUGGGGGAAAUGUCACCUGGAGCAAUCCGGCCCCCGCUGCUACUGCGUCGCGACGGACACGCACUGGUACCGGGGCCAGCACUGCGAGACGCGCGUGUUGAAGAUGGCGGUGUACGGGGGUCUGGGAGCAGCUGGGUUGCUGCUGGUUGUGGUCAUCGUGGCCCUCUCCGUCUUCCUGCAUCGAUCCCGGGUCCGCUCCCGCAGGGAAUUUGACCGAUUCAGCCCGUGGAUGGAAGAGAACUCCGGGACGGACAUCAGAGGCUUCCAAAAUGUGGCCUGUGAUGUUUGGGAAGACGACAGACUGAAGAAUGACGAGUACAGCCUGUCCACAGUUUACAGCACCUUCCAGCCUUCUCUACAUGGCAUUGAUGCCAAUAUCAAGUUGCAGAUCCAGAGGCCCGAGUGUGUGACGUCCCUGUGAGGGAGAAGGCGGUGAGAAAUCGCCCUCCCAGCUCAGCUCCUCGACCCCCAAGGCCUCUCUGGGCGGUCCUGAGCUGGGCAGGGACCGGGGAGAGCCGGCUUGACCCACGGACCCUGUCACUUCUUGGACCAACGGAAGGACGGACGGCCCAGAGGAAUCCCCUGGCCCCUCCCAGGCUGGGGGAGGAGGAAAUUGAGAUCAGAGUCCCUCAAGAUCUGCACCUGUUUGGUCCCCAGUCCCUGGGGAUCCGGGGAAUCGGGGAGGGGGCUGAAAUGAUUCCCGGCAUCCCUUCUGGACUGGGGAUGCUACUGAGGAGCUGGGGGGGAGGGAGGAGGGGGCUCUGGACAACUGCCCCAUCCUGGGGAGUCCGGUGACGGGUAGCACCCCAAAAAGUAAAGAGCGACCAACAACGGCCUCCAGGCUGGAGACUCAUCUUCCCGUAUACCUCGACCCCAGAAAGUCAGGGCUUCUCUCUCUCUCUUUCUGGAAAUUUCCGGGACCAGGAGACCCCCUUCUGCUUGAGCUAAAGAAAGAUCCGGCUGGCCCGGAGGUAGAAGAUAGCCAAAGUGGUCUCGGGCCCGCCCCCAGAUAUCCCCAGGUGAGAAAGUCUGUCUAGUUUUCAGUUUUAAAUGUAGAGCGUGAAAAGUCUUUGAUAAUAAAGUAUUUUUUUAAACAA